ACGUUGGGGAAACGGGAUACGAGAAGAGACAAAGCUCAUCGUCUCCUCUUCUUCUCCCAAACCAUUCGCAGAUCCAAAACCCUAAUUCCUCGAUCGCCAUCGCCGACCUCGCUGCCCAAAUGGUCGUUGGAGGCUCGUCUUCGGCCCGCGUCCAUGGCGUUGAUCGAUUCUACAAUCCGCCGGCCAUGAGGCGACAGCUUCUCCUCCAGCAACAGAAGCUUCAGGAGCAGCCGCCGGCGGCGCCGCAGCCGCAGAAGGCUGUGCGGCCCCGGACUAAGACUUCCGCGCCGGUGGUUGAAGUCCGAGAGGCGGAGAACCGUGCUGAGUCUGAUGAUUCAUCGGCGAAGCCCUCGGCUUCAGGUUCUUCUUCUUCUUCUUCUGCUGGGAAUCUGGAGCGGUUCCUUGAGUUCACUAGUCCCUCCGUUCCCGCACAGUACUUCUCUAAGGUUGCGUGCGGGGGCCGGAGGAAUCGUGAUGGAGGUGAUUUGUGCCCUUUCUUCAACCUUGAAGAUCUCUGGGAGUCGUUUGCGGAGUGGAGCGCUUAUGGUGCUGGAGUGCCAUUGGUGUUGAAUGGCAGAGACUCUGUGGUUCAGUACUAUGUGCCUUACUUGUCUGCUUUGCAGAUUUAUGUCGAUUCAUCAAGGUCAGCCUUGAGAUCGAGGUGCCCUGGUGAGGAAAGUGUUGGUGACAUUGGCCAGGGUACAAGCAGUGAUGGAAGUGAGGGUGAUGCCAACCAAUUCUCAAGACAGAAAAGAGAUUGUCCUGCAAAUGAUACUGAGAUUUCCAACCAACCAGAACGACCAAUAUUCGAGUAUUUGGAGCGAGAUCCACCCUAUGGAAGAGAACCAUUAGCUGACAAGAUUUCAUCUCUUGCUACUAGAUUUCCUGAUUUAAAGACAUAUAGAAGCUGUGAUCUGCGUCCUUCCAGUUGGAUCUCUGUAGCUUGGUACCCUAUAUAUAGGAUUCCGAUAGGGCCCACAUUGCGCGAUUUGGAUGCUUGUUUCUUGACCUUCCAUUUGCUGGCCACACCUAUUAAAAGUAACAGCAGUGGCCAUAACGAGGAUCGUCCUUCAUCUAGCACAAGGAAGUCCGGCGGUGCCAAUGGAAUGUCAACAAAGCUGCAUUUACCCGUAUUUGGGCUGGCUUCAUACAAGUUUAAGGGUUCUAUUUGGACUUCAGACAGCGACGAUGAGCAGCAACAAGUGACAUCGCUACAAGAAACUGCAGAUAAAUGGCUUCGCGAUCGACAGGUGAAUCACCCAGACUUUCGCUUUUUCGCAUCCCAUUUGAGAUGACAGCCUCUAUUUGUGGGUUAUGCAUUGAGGGAAAAAAAAACAAGUUGUUUGAGAAUAGAUUGAGAGUAGAGGGAUAUUUCUGAUAUAGAUAUAGCAUGUUUAAAAAGAAAGAAAAAAACAGUGAAAGAAAGAUGAGAGAGUGAAUAUGCUGCCAUUGUAUUUUUCAUGUGCUGGAUUAUGGUAACUCAUAUAUCUUUAUAUACAGAUAUAUAUAUAUAUAUGUGUGUGUGUGUGUGUGUGUGUGUGUGUGUGUGUUCCAGUGCUGUGAUGAUGAUGAAUAUAUGUUGUUUACCCAAUUGUGAAAUUAUCAGUUUGAAUGUUUAAAA